UUGAAUUUUGUACUUUUGACGAAAUAUUUAUAACGUAAUACACAAAUAUAGAAAAGAAUAUAAUUUUUACAGAUAUUUUAUGGGCAAAAUGGAACAAUGUACAGAAUUUGUGGAUUUAUUGCUUGCAAGACGAAAAGAUUGUGAUAUCUUGUGGGUUUCUCGAUCAAUGAAUCCAUUAUCACCACAUAAACUUCCACCAGAAUCUAAAUAUUCAAGAAAUGAAAUGAUUCAAAUGGUUUUGAAUGAUGAGAAAGUUAAAUCAACAAUUAUUUCUUUGGCUGCAAUGUAUCAAACAGAUAUAAAAAAUAUCAUCAAAGAAGCUCAUAAGAUAAUAAAUGAAAUGGCUAGUAAAGCACAUUUGACCACUGUUCGUUGGAUAGGUUUGAUUAUUACAAAAGUUCUUAAAAGAAUUUUUGUAAGUAUUUAUAUUAAUGAAAAUGCAAUAUAUAGGAUGAAAAAGGAAAUGCAGAUUUCUCAAGUACAAUAUGUAUAUGCUCCUUCUCACAGAAGUUAUUUAGAUUUCAUAUUAUUAUCAUAUAUUUUAUUCUCCUAUGAUAUGGCACUUCCAAAUAUUGCAAGUGGAAUGGAUUUUUAUCAAAUGAACAUAAUAGGAGAAUUAUUAAGAAAAACCGGAGCUUUUUAUAUGCGACGCAGUUUUUUGAAUGAUUUACUAUAUAAAAGAAUAUUUAGUAAAUAUGUAAUGUCCUUGGUAAAGCAUAGUGACAGAGCAAUUGAAUUUUUUAUAGAAGGUACUCGAAGCAGAAGUUUGAAGAGUAUAGUACCAAAAUUUGGUCUUUUGUCAACCAUUCUGGAGAGUUUAUUAGAAGGCAGUGUACCUGAUAUAUAUUUUGUACCAAUUAGUAUUAACUAUGAGCGACCACCAGAAGAAUUAUUAUUUGCAUAUGAGCUUUUGGGGAUACCAAAACCAAAAGAAUCUACUGCUGGUUUACUUCAAUCUUUAUCUAUUUUACAAAAAUCAUAUGCUUAUGGAUGUAUUGUUUGUAAUAUUGGUGAACCUAUUUCUGCAUGUCAAUUCUUAAGUAUGGAACACCGUAAAGCAAAAGUAUUGUCACCUUAUGCAAAAUUACCAACAUCUGUUAUUAAAAAAUUGGCUUAUUGCAUAAUAGACUCACAUAAAAAGAAUACAAUACUUAUGCCCUUUAAUUUAGUUGCUUUAUUAUUUAAUGAAAGGAGCCAAACAUAUCCAGAUAAUCCAUAUACAUUAAAUGAUUUAGUCAGUGAUUAUUUGUGGUGCACAAAUUUUUUACAAGUAUUUAAUGCCACAAUACAUACAAGAAAGUCAUUUGAUAGACAUGAUCAAAAUGUAAACAAUGUGAAACAAGAAAUAUUAGAUAGUUUAAAACCUCAUGAAGAAUUACUUGUAUUUGAUGCAUCAAAAAUUUUGCGACUCAAAGAGAGGCACAGAACAACAAAACUGAAAAGUAAUAUUCGUGUCAAAGGUCAUACUUUAUUGGAAAGAACUAUGCGAGUAGCCAUACCUGUCAUUAAUAUUUCAAUCUAUCUAAAUCCAACUUUAUCCUUUUUAAUAAAACCAGCCGUCGUUACUGUAGCAAUAGGAAUAGGUCAAAUUGAGCUUGGAAUUGCAUUUAAACGAUACAUGCUAUUAAGAAUGUUACUGAGCACAGAAUUUGCAAUGCCUUUAACAGAAAAUGAAUCUGUAAUAAAAUCCGAAUGGGAAGAAACGUUAAAUUUGUUAUUGAAACAAGAUUAUAUAAGUAUUCACAGUAACACAUAUGUACAAAGCAAAGAUACUAAAGUAUGUUCUCUUCUCUAUAAUGUAAUAUUACCAUUUAUAGAUACAAUAUAUGUUACGUGUCUUGUUCUAUUUGAGUGGGAUGAAACAAAAUUAAAUUACAUAACAAUACAAGCAGUUCUGAUUGAAACACAGAAACAAAUAGAAAAAGCAUUUCUCGAAGAGAGUCAGUGGGGACAACAUCCUUAUUCUUUAUCCAUAGAUUUGGUUAAUACAACAAUAUGUAAUCUUAUAACACAAGGUAUUCUAAUACCAUAUGAGAAACAACAUAAAUACCAAGUUGAUAAAGUUAAAAUGACACAAAUUCUUACACAGCUGCAAAGUCUUUCAUUAAAACGACCAUUAGGUUUAUAUCUUAAUACAGUUUUACUGCCUAUGUUACCAAUUGUUUCUGCUAAAUUAUAA